CCAAAGUAGCGUAAGCGCCAAACCCACCCAUCCUUUUCUGAUCAUCGAACGGUUCAAACAAUUCUUCAGCCACCAUAAUAGAUUCCAACCGUUGAAUCCAAAAGUAUUACCUCAUUUGUUUUAUCAAUAUUAUCAGCUCUUUUGUGACUUUGUCCCUUACUCUCUAUAGCCCUUGUUUUGUUGUUGAUUUCUAAGUUUCAUUACCUUUCUCUCUCUAAAACUCUCUCUCUCUAAAAUUCCAUUAUUGUCAUCUUUUUGAUUUGAGUCUUGUGCUCAAGAAUAUUAAUGCAUUGUUUUCAAGAAAUCAAUUCUUGAACAUUUCAGCUUGUGAAAAUGGUAAUGGUAAUCUUGGAUUCUUGAUCAUCAAGUGGGUAUUAGUGUUAAUUAUUGCAUUGUUUUCAAGAAAUCAAUUCUUGAACAUUUUAGCUUGUAAAAAUGGAUACAAAAAUGUUGGUUCCACCAUGGCUAGAGUCAUUGCUAAACACAGCAUUCUUCUCCAUUUGUAGAACACAUGGAGAUGCAGCAAGAAGUGAAUGUAAUAUGUUUUGUUUAGAUUGUAGUGGUGACGCAUUUUGUUUCUACUGCCGUUCUUCAAGACAUAAAGAUCAUCAAGUAAUCCAGAUAAGGAGAUCUUCAUAUCAUGAUGUAGUAAGAGUUUCAGAGAUUCAAAAAGUGAUUGACAUAAGUGGAGUUCAAACUUAUGUGAUAAACAGUGCUAGAGUUUUGUUUCUGAAUCAAAGGCCUCAACCAAAAUCUGGCAAAGGAGUUGCUCACAUUUGUGAAAUUUGUGGUAGAAGCCUUUUGGACACAUUUCGUUUUUGUUCAUUGGGAUGUAAGGUUGUAGGAAUAAAAAGAAAAGGGGAUGCAAGCUUUAAAUUAGAGGCUAAGAAUGAGGAAGAAUUAAUGGAAAGAAGAAGAGAGGAUGAAGAAUUGCGUGAAGGGUCACAACAAGACAUUUACCCGCCUACGCCUCCUCCACCUCCUACUUCUAGUGCAAGAAGAAGAAAAGGCAUACCUCAUAGGGCACCUUUUAAGUCCUAAUAAUUCUCUUAAAUUUCAAAAAAAAAUCCUCUUUUAAUUAAUUAUAAUUAAAAGAAAGCCUUAGUAUAUUCGAUCCAUCAUUUCUUGCACAAAUUACUCUCUUUUCCAUUUUUCUUUUCCCUCUUGGAGGGUUAGUUGUCUUAAACAAAGGAAUUGUAGGGUACCCUUUUGGUUAAAAUGUCCAAAAGAAAACACAAAAGGGUUAGUAGGUUAAUUGCCCUUUUAGAUUUGGGUCCCAUUAUAAUUCUCUAUGUGAAGAUGCAAUAAUGCACACUUGUUAUUGAUGUAUAUGUCAAUUAAGAAAUAGUAAAGCAAGUCUUUGUGGAGUUCGUUUUA